UCCCAUAUUAUUAAAUUCAGAUUUGAUUAUCAUAAAUCUAUUUGUCUAAAUAUUAUUGUUGGCUUUAGUUGAAAAGUGAAUUGAUUAUGUGAAUAGCUUUAUAUGAUUAUACCUGUUUUGUGGAUUAAUAUGGAUUUUACAAAUAUUGCAUCCUCCUUCUUUCUUUGAUUCCGAGGACGGAAUCCCUAUAAGGAGGGUAGAUUGUAAUGACCCGGAUUUUUUAAAAAUAUUUUUAUUAGUAUUAAAAGUGAUUUUUCUUUAAAGAAGGGAAUAAGAUUUAAUAUUUUAUUCCAGUUUAAGGAGUUUUCAAAAUUUUAUACUAAACCCCGGGUUAUUGUGUUAUGGAUAAAUGAUUAUAUUUUUAAAACUGAUUUUCAUAUAUUGUUUCGGAAAUUUUAGAUGAUUAUUAUGUGAAUAUAUGUGUGAUGUGAGUAAGUGGUAUUGGUGGAUUUGUUGGUUAAUUAGUUAUGGUUAAUUAUGAGUAUUAUAUGAUUAAUAUAUGAAUUUUUGUGAAUUUUAUAUUAUCUGGUUUAUUGCGUUAACUGCUCAUAUGUGUUCGUAUUUGAGAGAUUUCAAUUUCUAUAUGCUCAGGAGAAAAUAUAGUUUAUUUGGAUAUUUUCAUAUCGAUUUAUGGAAUGUUAGAUGAUUUUAUAAUCGAUUUACGGAUUUAAUUGUGUAUAUUUAUAUUUAUUUAUUAAUUAUGUGACUUCCGUAAAACCGUCCACUCGUAACGAGGUAGCAAUUUUUCUUCCCGGAAGUUUCAACAAAACUUACCUUUAGCCUAAUUUCAAUAUUCCGGACAUUUUUCGUGUUUUGACUUUUUCGAUCCGGAGUACGGUUUUCCCCGGAGUCGGUCCGGCGGAGUUUUUCGGGUAUUUUAAUUGUUGAUAAUUAUCCAGUUUGUCUCGAUAUACGUGAAAACCAGAUAUUUUGAUUAUUAUAUUAUUUCUUAUCUUGCAAUAAUUGCAAUGGGACCCGCAGACCAAUAAUUGAGUUAAAAAGCCCCGUUUUGAUGAUUAUCUCGAAAACCAGUACCGAUUGGACCCCGCUUUAUUAUAUAAAGUUACUAAAUAUGUAUUUUCAUGUCAUAAACGAUCCAAAGGGGUACCAAUUAUUUGUAAAUAUAAAUAGACCUUUCUAGAGCUUAUUUUCACCCGUAAAAUCAUUUCACCAGUUUCUUUCCACGAAUAUCGAGAGAAACCGAGCGGUGUUCUUCGUGUUCUUCGUAAUCAAACGAAGAUUUGAAGGUGUUAUUGGAAUCCGAUGGAGGCGUAUAAAUAGUCAAAACGAAGCUAUCGAUGCGUAGAAUCUAGUUUAAUCAUCCGUUUAUAUGCAGAUACAACAGGAUUUGGACGAGACGUGUAUGCCCGAAGACGUUCAGAAAGUCACGUGGUGUUACAAAGCGAAUAAGGGAUGAAUCGAGUAAGCGAAGCGAAGAUGUACGGUAGAUAGAGUAUAGCCAGAGAUGGUCUAGAGACUAUGAGAUGCAUAGAUUGUGAAAGUGGAAAGAUGAGAUUGAGAUGUGAGACUGGAGUCAGAUUUAAGGCAAGUAUCCUGCACCCUGCUUUUGGAUAUAUUGCAAAUAUUUUGAUUCAUUCUUUUGAUGUGUUGCAAGUAUCCUAAACCCUUCUUUUGGAUAUAUUGCAUGUUCUGAUCCAUUCCUUUGGUAUAUGUUUCAAGUAUUCAUACCUUUCUUUUCAAUGUUCGAAAAUGCGAGUAUUCUGACCCAUUCUUUCUAAUCUUCAAGUUUCUAAAGAAUUUCCGUUUUACAAAUUAAUUCGAAGUUCAGAUUGUCAUUGAAGCAUGUGUUGCUCAGUGAUAGUUAGAGCUUUGAAUGAAUUGGGAUCUUCUUGAUUAUUCAACCCGCCAUUGUCAUGCUGGUUUAGCAGGCUAAAUUCAGUUGCUUAGCCGAUAAUGGAGGAUACUGAAUAGUUGAGGAUUUCCUGAACUGUGAUUUAUGAAAUGAUGGACUGUGACUCAUGAAAAGUUUAUUAUCAAAGUUGAUUUGAAAUUAUUCUGUUGUUGAUGAUAUUUAUGAUGAUGUUCUGUUGAUUUACAUUGGCUUCUUGAAUUGAAUUAGAGAAUUGGAUUAUUGUUUUUAUAUAAACCUGUGGACCAGAUUCGUGGUCAUGUUAGGCCAAUGAGUGCCUUGGAUCCAGUGAUAGAGCAUGGCGGGGCCUGCUCGGGGUUAGUGCGGAACUGAUCAGCUGCCUAACCUUGGUUUUAAUUAAAAUGUGAUAGUCCAAUUCAAUAAUUCUUUGGAAAGAUUGAAUUUCUCAGUUUAAAUGCUGCAAGGUAUUGUAAAUCAUUCUAUACAAUACCAUGAACUCAUGAAAUCAGGUUGAAUCCUCUUAUAUCUUGAACUCGUGAACUUUUGUUAUAUCAUUUCAGAACUAUCAUUGUUUAUUAUUACUUGCUGAGCAUUGUUGCUCACCCUUGCUAUUCCUUUCUAACCAUUUCAGAAAGGCUUAAAGUUGAGAUGAUUGAUUGAGAUUGUGGAUAAGGCUAAUGCUAGGCGAGGAGACAGAGUUGAGGAUCCAGUGGUUGAGGAGUGUUCAGGAAAGUUGAUGAGGUUGGUGCAAGCUAGAGCUGUGCUAUAGGGUUUCAAGUGUAAGUCAUAGCUGGAAUAGUUGACAGUGAUUCCUCUUAUCGAAGAUGAUCUGAUUUGGUAAGAAAUGCUGUGUAAUAUUAGUGGUGGAUUCUAAUUUCAAUACUGUAACCUGGAUGCGAUCCUGUUGUUUUAGGGGGUUGAAAUGUGCUCUUUCAAAUAUUUUAUGAUGGCUUUCAAGUUUUGAAUUUCAAGUUUUAAAAUUCUUUUGGAUUUUCAUUAUCUUUAUAAAAAAAAAAAAUAUUGCAGGUUUUUUUAAGGUGUUUUAAAAAUGGUUUUUGUGUGGUGACGUCAGAAUCCAGGCCCCCGGAUUCUCGGGCCGUCACAGUUGGUAUCAGAGCAACAGGUUAUAAGUAUUUGAAAUUAGAAUAUAGAUUAUAGUUAUAGGUUUUCUAGAGAAGAAUGUGGUGUAACCUCACAUAGAGGUAUGGUCGGACUAUUUAGGAAUAGUCUAGAGAUGUGAGUGAAGCAUAGAGUUUAAUUAGAUGAUCAAGUUAAGUGUGGAUAUCUAAAGAGAUUAGGAUUCUUAAGUUUAGACAUAUGAUUUCUAGUAUGUUGAUUAAUUGAGAUGGUGAAUUGUGGGAAAGGUCAGUAUUAGACCUAUAUAGAAGAGUUUGAUAGUGAAUGAUUGAAUUGAGAAUGGUGAAAAUGCAGAGUUCAGAGUAUUCUGACUAUACUGCAUAUUUGAAACUGGAGUAUCAUAUUGAUUUGAGGAUGAUAUAAAUGCAUGGUUCAUAGUAUGUUGACCAUGUCCGAUAUUUGGAAGAUGUAUAUUGUUUUGAGUGAAGAUAUGAAGAGUAAGUGUAGAGUAUGAGUUGUAUUGGAUUAGAAGGAGAGAUCGGUUGAUAGGUGAGAAGUGAAUGAUAGAGAGUACGUGGAAUUGAGUCCAGUUAUUAGAGAUGAUGUCUACGAGUAAGUUAGAAUGUUAAUUCUCGACGACUACGCUUUAAGUUAAGCGGGACAAGGUGGGCCCAUAACCCACAGGGCGACGAUUCUGAAAAUCGAAGAUAUGCUACGUGUUGUGCUAUGGACUUCAAAGGCAACUGGGUGAAACAUGAGAACGUGAACUACUUGGGCCAGACUUAUUACGAGCUAUAACGUCUACGAUGACAUCUUACGAGGCUAUUACGAAUCAACAUCGAUCGAUUAUCGAGAACGUUGAAAAGAAGACAUAUAUCGAACAAUGAUUUAUUGAAGCAGAGCGAAAAUCUGAGAAGACCUUGGCAAUACCUCUCUUCAACUAAGAUUCUUUUGUAUUGUUUUUCUCAUCAGUGAGAUAUUAUCAUGAUAUCUUUUCUACAAAAGUUUUGAUAAAUGAGAUCUUCAAUUUCUCAAAUUCUAAGAUGACAUUGAUAUUGAUGAUUGGUAUGAAUUGGAAAACAAAGAUGUGUGAUAAAGGAUUGUUGUGAAGAGACAGUGAUUUUCCUUGAUAUUGUUUGACAUUUCUUGACAUUCCUUGAUACCCUUUCAUCUACCUUGAUAUCCCUUAGUGUUCUUUGAUAUUGUUGAUAUUCCUUGAUAUUCUCUGGUAUUCCUUAACAUUUCUUCAACUUGAUUGGGAUGAACAACCCUAUUUAUAGGGGACACAAGGUAUACCUGUCUGUGUGAUAGGAGUUGGAUGGGACGCCAUCACUUGUGUGUGUUGUGAUUACAAGAAGGUUAACAACCUUUAGUAGUGUCUAAUGUGGACACGCAACACCAAGUUCGUUGAUCAUAUAGAUCUCUCAAUCACUCCUUUAUUCAAAUGUGAUCUACCUUGAAAACAUUUUGUUCUAUUCAAAAUUCCAAAAGAUUGAUUCUUGGGAAAUGAAUUUUGCAAUUGUAAAAGUGUGAUUCUCUGAUAUUUUUAAAGACAAAGGUAUGCCAAGAUCGAUCAAAGGUGUAUGAUGAUACGUUAUGACGAAGCGUAUAAUGGAAUCUUAUAAAUGAUACGUUUUAGUUCUCAUCGCGGAUUCUGAGGACAGAAUCCUUAUAAGAGGGGUAGAAUGUAAUAUCCCAUAUUAUUAAAUUCAGAUUUGAUUAUCAUAAAUCUAUUUGUCUAAAUAUUAUUGUUGGCUUUAGUUGAAAAGUGAAUUGAUUAUGUGAAUAGCUUUAUAUGAUUAUACCUGUUUUGUGGAUUAAUAUGGAUUUUACAAAUAUUGCAUCCUCCUUCUUUCUUUGAUUCCGAGGACGGAAUCCCUAUAAGGAGGGUAGAUUGUAAUGACCCGGAUUUUUUAAAAAUAUUUUUAUUAGUAUUAAAAGUGAUUUUUCUUUAAAGAAGGGAAUAAGAUUUAAUAUUUUAUUCCAGUUUAAGGAGUUUUCAAAAUUUUAUACUAAACCCCGGGUUAUUGUGUUAUGGAUAAAUGAUUAUAUUUUUAAAACUGAUUUUCAUAUAUUGUUUCGGAAAUUUUAGAUGAUUAUUAUGUGAAUAUAUGUGUGAUGUGAGUAAGUGGUAUUGGUGGAUUUGUUGGUUAAUUAGUUAUGGUUAAUUAUGAGUAUUAUAUGAUUAAUAUAUGAAUUUUUGUGAAUUUUAUAUUAUCUGGUUUAUUGCGUUAACUGCUCAUAUGUGUUCGUAUUUGAGAGAUUUCAAUUUCUAUAUGCUCAGGAGAAAAUAUAGUUUAUUUGGAUAUUUUCAUAUCGAUUUAUGGAAUGUUAGAUGAUUUUAUAAUCGAUUUACGGAUUUAAUUGUGUAUAUUUAUAUUUAUUUAUUAAUUAUGUGACUUCCGUAAAACCGUCCACUCGUAACGAGGUAGCAAUUUUUCUUCCCGGAAGUUUCAACAAAACUUACCUUUAGCCUAAUUUCAAUAUUCCGGACAUUUUUCGUGUUUUGACUUUUUCGAUCCGGAGUACGGUUUUCCCCGGAGUCGGUCCGGCGGAGUUUUUCGGGUAUUUUAAUUGUUGAUAAUUAUCCAGUUUGUCUCGAUAUACGUGAAAACCAGAUAUUUUGAUUAUUAUAUUAUUUCUUAUCUUGCAAUAAUUGCAAUGGGACCCGCAGACCAAUAAUUGAGUUAAAAAGCCCCGUUUUGAUGAUUAUCUCGAAAACCAGUACCGAUUGGACCCCGCUUUAUUAUAUAAAGUUACUAAAUAUGUAUUUUCAUGUCAUAAACGAUCCAAAGGGGUACCAAUUAUUUGUAAAUAUAAAUAGACCUUUCUAGAGCUUAUUUUCACCCGUAAAAUCAUUUCACCAGUUUCUUUCCACGAAUAUCGAGAGAAACCGAGCGGUGUUCUUCGUGUUCUUCGUAAUCAAACGAAGAUUUGAAGGUGUUAUUGGAAUCCGAUGGAGGCGUAUAAAUAGUCAAAACGAAGCUAUCGAUGCGUAGAAUCUAGUUUAAUCAUCCGUUUAUAUGCAGAUACAACAGGAUUUGGACGAGACGUGUAUGCCCGAAGACGUUCAGAAAGUCACGUGGUGUUACAAAGCGAAUAAGGGAUGAAUCGAGUAAGCGAAGCGAAGAUGUACGGUAGAUAGAGUAUAGCCAGAGAUGGUCUAGAGACUAUGAGAUGCAUAGAUUGUGAAAGUGGAAAGAUGAGAUUGAGAUGUGAGACUGGAGUCAGAUUUAAGGCAAGUAUCCUGCACCCUGCUUUUGGAUAUAUUGCAAAUAUUUUGAUUCAUUCUUUUGAUGUGUUGCAAGUAUCCUAAACCCUUCUUUUGGAUAUAUUGCAUGUUCUGAUCCAUUCCUUUGGUAUAUGUUUCAAGUAUUCAUACCUUUCUUUUCAAUGUUCGAAAAUGCGAGUAUUCUGACCCAUUCUUUCUAAUCUUCAAGUUUCUAAAGAAUUUCCGUUUUACAAAUUAAUUCGAAGUUCAGAUUGUCAUUGAAGCAUGUGUUGCUCAGUGAUAGUUAGAGCUUUGAAUGAAUUGGGAUCUUCUUGAUUAUUCAACCCGCCAUUGUCAUGCUGGUUUAGCAGGCUAAAUUCAGUUGCUUAGCCGAUAAUGGAGGAUACUGAAUAGUUGAGGAUUUCCUGAACUGUGAUUUAUGAAAUGAUGGACUGUGACUCAUGAAAAGUUUAUUAUCAAAGUUGAUUUGAAAUUAUUCUGUUGUUGAUGAUAUUUAUGAUGAUGUUCUGUUGAUUUACAUUGGCUUCUUGAAUUGAAUUAGAGAAUUGGAUUAUUGUUUUUAUAUAAACCUGUGGACCAGAUUCGUGGUCAUGUUAGGCCAAUGAGUGCCUUGGAUCCAGUGAUAGAGCAUGGCGGGGCCUGCUCGGGGUUAGUGCGGAACUGAUCAGCUGCCUAACCUUGGUUUUAAUUAAAAUGUGAUAGUCCAAUUCAAUAAUUCUUUGGAAAGAUUGAAUUUCUCAGUUUAAAUGCUGCAAGGUAUUGUAAAUCAUUCUAUACAAUACCAUGAACUCAUGAAAUCAGGUUGAAUCCUCUUAUAUCUUGAACUCGUGAACUUUUGUUAUAUCAUUUCAGAACUAUCAUUGUUUAUUAUUACUUGCUGAGCAUUGUUGCUCACCCUUGCUAUUCCUUUCUAACCAUUUCAGAAAGGCUUAAAGUUGAGAUGAUUGAUUGAGAUUGUGGAUAAGGCUAAUGCUAGGCGAGGAGACAGAGUUGAGGAUCCAGUGGUUGAGGAGUGUUCAGGAAAGUUGAUGAGGUUGGUGCAAGCUAGAGCUGUGCUAUAGGGUUUCAAGUGUAAGUCAUAGCUGGAAUAGUUGACAGUGAUUCCUCUUAUCGAAGAUGAUCUGAUUUGGUUUUUUUAAGGUGUUUUAAAAAUGGUUUUUGUGUGGUGACGUCAGAAUCCAGGCCCCCGGAUUCUCGGGCCGUCACACCCUGGUUCCAAGACCAAAAGGAAAAUCUACAAUUGGAGCUAGAUGGGUCUUCCGUAACAAGUUAGAUGGUGAUGGCAUUGUUGUAAGAAACAAAGCCAGACUGGUUGCAAAAGGUUAUUCACAAGAAGAAGGAAUUGAUUAUGAUGAAACCUAUGCUCCAGUUGCUCGUCUUGAAGCCAUCAGAAUAUUUCUUGCAUUUGCUGCACACUCCAACUUCAAGGUUUAUCAAAUGGAUGUGAAAAGUGCAUUUCUGAAUGGAAAGCUAGAAGAAGAAGUAUAUCUGGAACAGCCCCCUGGCUUUGAAAAUCCAGAGUUUGCUGAUUUUGUAUACUUCCUAUUCAAAGCUGUCUAUGGACUCAAGCAGUCACCAAGAACAUGGUAUGACACUCUCUCUGAGUUUUUAAUUGAAAACAAUUUUACUAGAGGUGUCAUAAACAAAACUCUCUUUUACAAAUUGCAUGAUAAGGAUAUGAUAUUUGUACAAAUAUAUGUUGAUGAUAUUAUAUUUGGUUCUACUAACGAUAACUUGUGCAAGAGAUUUGCUAAGUUGAUGCAGAGUAACUAUGAGAUGAGUAUGAUGGGUGAGCUGUCCUACUUCCUUGGUCUUCAAGUAAGCCAAAAGGAAGAUGGAAUAUUCAUUUGCCAAUCCAAGUAUGUCAGAGAUCUUCUUCGAAAGUUCAAUCUAGAAGACUCUUCACCGGCAAAGACACCCAUGGCCACUGCCACAAAGCUUGACCAGGAUAAAUCUGGUAAGAAAGUUGAUAUCACAAGCUAUCGAGGUAUGAUUGGCUCUCUACUUUAUCUUACUGCAAGUAGACCAGAUAUCAUGUUUGCAACAUGUUUGUGUGCUAGGUUCCAAGCUGAUCCUAAAGAAUCACAUCUUAUAGCCGUCAAAAGAAUCUUUAGAUAUCUUAAGGGUACACCUGGAUUAGGUAUUUGGUACCCUAAGAAUACUGGUUUUGACUUAACCGGCUAUACAGAUUCUGAUUAUGCAGGAUGCAGGAUUGAUAGGAAGAGUACGUCUGGAAGCUGUCAAUUUCUAGGACGUCGGUUGGUUUCCUGGUAUAGCAAGAAGCAGCACUCAGUGUCUACUUCUACUGCUGAAGCUGAGUAUAUAGCUGCUGGAAGCUGCUGUGCUCAGAUCUUGUGGAUCAAGAACCAACUGAAUGAUUAUGGUGUUGUAGUAAACAAAAUUCCCAUAUUUUGUGAUAAUACAAGUGCCAUAGCCAUUUCCAACAAUCCGGUUCAACAUUCAAGAACCAAGCACAUUGAUAUCAGGUAUCAUUUCAUUCGAGAACAUGUCAUGAAUGGUACAGUGGUGUUACAUUUUGUACCCACGACUGAGCAAAUUGCUGACAUCUUCACUAAACCACUGGAUGAAUCCACUUUCUCUAAGCUGGUUUGUGAAUUAGGGAUGUUAAAUAUGACAUAGUUCUCUUGUAUAUAUUUUUCAUAUGCAUUAUAUGUUUUUAUAUAUUUUUUUGUGAAUUUUCUGUAUAAUUAUUUCUAUUUUAUUAGAUUUUAUAUGAUUUUCUGUAUAUUAUCUGAUAAUAUUCUGAGUAACUAUGCAUGUUUGUAAGGUAUUCUGUAAUUUUCUAAGUGCUCAUAUACUCCCCUGUAAUAUUCUCAAGGCAUUUAGAUAAUUAUUUGUAAUUAUUUUGUAUUUUUCAAAAUUAAUUAAGCAUAAAUAUUUGAUUUUAAGUUAAUUCAUUUUAUUGAAUUAAAGUUAAAGUCAUAAGUAUUUAUAUUUAAUUAAAGUUGAAAUUUACAAAAUAUUUGUGUAAUAUAUAGUAUUGUUUUUAUUAUAGAUUUUUUAUGUUAAUUGCAAAAUGUUCUAUCUUUUUAAUUAAUCAAAAAUCAUAUUAUUAUUAUUAUUAUUAUUAUUUGUUUUUCAGCAAGACAAUUACAUUGUCUACUGAUUGGCUCGGCAAGACAAUUAGAUUGUCUUGCUGAACCGGUUUUUCUGAUUUUCAAACAACUCGGCAAGACAAUUACAUUGUCUUACCGAGUCUGCCAUUAAGCCGCACUUUGUAUCAGUAAGACAAUUGAAAUUGUCUUACUGACACUUGAUUUUGUCUGCUUCGUUAAAAUCUCGGCAAGACAAUUUCAAAUUGUCUUACCGAGACUUAAACUCCCCUUUGUCUUCCUGUGUGCAUAUAUAUACUAACAAGACAAUUGAGCAAGACAAUUCAUAUUGUCUUGCCUCCACUUCAUCUUCCCCAACUCACAUAUACACACACGGUUGAUCAUCGUUUUUCAAGUUUUUCAUCAAAAACUUGCUGGGUUUCCGUUCCUCAAGCUUUACGCUUGCUCUGUUACUCAAUUCCGUUCGAUUUAUAACGAAACUCUGCCGGAUUUUUGUGAGAUUUCGCCUCGAACUCGUCUGUGUUUGCUCGCUUUUACGACUGUUUCCGAAGCUUCAUCUCUGUUAGUUGAUCCUUGUGCGUUGUGAUUGAAACUUUGUGCUUGAUCGAUUUGUAAUUGAGGCUAGGGUUUUUAAAAUCGUUUUUGGGGUUUGUAAAGCUUAAGGGACUGUUUGGCUUGGCUUGUUUUGAUCAUUUGGGGAUUUUCUAAGUUAAGGCUGCGUUUGGCUUGAGUUCUUUAAGAUUGGGGUUUUUGAUCUUAAGGACUUGUUUGGACAUCUAGCUUUGUGGAGUUAAAAUUGAUUAGUACCAUUUAAAUUAAUUAACUUUUAAUUCGAUAAUAUUUUAAUAUUUCGAAUUAUUAAUUAAUUAAUCAAGUUUAAUUAUUAGUUGAAAUUUGCGAGACAUUUGAGAAUUCACUUUUAAUUUGAAAAAUUCUCGCUUAAUUCAAUUUUUAAUUAUUAAAAAUGGCCGGAGAAUUCGUGGUUGCUGAGACUAAUUACCUUGCUAGCCUUAACCCUGAUGACUGCUCCGAUAGAUUCCGUACUUGGGUCAGAUUUCUUUCGAGACAGAGUUUAGUCAGUACUGCACUCACUACAGAUAUAGAAGUCAAGCUGCAACCCUUGUUUGACUUCUACUCAAAUGCUGUCAACUCUACGACCCUGGAGAACUACAAGAUUAUAGGGGAUCUGCCUAACAGGAAACGUAUUGUAAUCACUGUCGAUGAUGUGAACCGGAUCUUAGGACUUCCAAGGGAUAAUUUUGAGCCAGAUCCCUCAGAGGAUGAACUGAGACAAUUCUUUCAGGAUAUUCACUAUCAAGGUCAGAUUUUUCUCCCGAAGAUGUCAAAGGGAAAUCUGAAGGCUGAAUGGGAUGUGUUCUUUGACACCCUUGCCAAGGUGUUUGCUCCCACUAAUCGAAAGAACUUUGGGAAUAUAUCUUCGAUGCUGCAAAUCUUUGGAUUCAGCAUAGCUUAUAACCGUCGAAUCAACUUUGGGAAGAUAUUGCUGAGGGAGAUUAUCAGAAAGAUGGGGUCUGUUACACAGAGAUCAAUUCAAAGGAAUGAGAAAGUUGAAUGCUUCUAUCCCAGGAUUCUGAUGUUAUUCAUGAAUGAUAAAAUGGAUGAUGCUGAUAGGCACAUGUACAUAGAUUCUCCUGUUGUUCCUAUUCAGAGGACUUGUGCCAAGAUCCAGACCCGGCUGGUGAACAAGAAAAAGCAUGACAAUGUGCCAUUAGUAGUGACUCCUUUCAUGCUAGAGCAAUUCAGUGCUCCAUUUCAACCUGUACAAGUUCCAGAACCACUACAACAGCAACAAUAUCAACCACAACAACAACAACAAGCUCAACAACAAGAACAACCGCAACAACAAUCACCUCCUCAAAACUAUCAACCACUUCAACUACUUCAAGACUAUCAGUCAUCCAGCCAAUCCUCACAUUACUCUCCCUACAACCCUCCUUACAAUUCACCACAACAAUCACCUCACCAAUCAUCAUACAAUUCUCCUCACCAAUCUCAACACCAAUCCCCUCCACAUUAUAACUUCUUCCCAGACCAACAAGCCUCCAUUCUUCCCUCUCAAUCUGAACCAACACCUUCACCUACACAUACACAUACCAUUCCUCAACCACAAUCAACCUCUCAGCCUCUGCCUGCUGAUUCUGCUAUCAAUCCAGAGCUACAGGACUUCAGGACAGAUUUACAGGUAGCUCAGGUACUUUCUAAUCUCACUGAUACCUUUAAUAUUGAUAUUGCAGAUUUUGAUUGUGAUAUUGGAUUUGAUUUCCAGCCUCCCAGCAUUGAACCUGUAAACACCCAGGUUCAUAACCCAGCUGACGUUUUCGUUUCAACAACUGAUUCUUCGUCAAACACAUCAACCGACACUACUCAUACACCAGUUGUUCGAAAGGUAGCCCGGAAACGGAGUGGGAGUGCAAUUCUGAGAGAACCCGCAGCUCUGUCUCAUAAGAAGCAAAGGGUGGCAGAACCGGAGACAACUGCAGCCGCAUCCAUUUCCUCCCAAAAGGAUUUGGACACUGACACGGUAAAUAUACAGUCUCUAGAUUCAUUCUCUCCACAGAAUGCAUUUAUUGAAAUUGGCCGUCCGACCGCGGUAUCCUGUAAAGAGUCAAGCACACAACUAGCACUCACGCUAGUAGAACCUUUGUCUUUUAAUUCUUCACUUAGAGAGACCACAGAUAUUCAAAAAUUGUCAUAUGAAAAACUUUCUGAUCACUCUUUCUUUUUGGAUCAGGCUAUACUUGGCAACCUGCAAGUACAUCAGCCUUCACAGGCAUCUGAAGGACAAUUUGUUCCUUCACAACCUACAGUUCCAUCUCAGGGAACUAUGGUUGUAUAUACAGGUACUGGUGACGGUGUGACAAACACGAGUGAAAUCAGGCAAACACCGAGCGAAACACAUGCACGAGAGGAUAGUGAUAAAUCUUUGAGUGUUCGUGAGGUGAGUGCACACACCAACACUGAUCUGUUACAGGAACAAUUGGCUGCCCUGAAAGCUGAGAUUUGAAGGUUGAAUGCUGAGAAUGCCAGAUUCAGAAGUGGAGAGUUGGUGACUCUACAGGAAAAGGUUGUUGAUCCUUCAUUUUCUUCUCUCAAACAGGAAUUAGAUGCUCAUGUCAAGGGCAUUCACUCUAGGAUGGACAAAUUUGAUAAAACUCAGGAGCUCUGUCUGACGAAACUUGACAACUUGGAGCAAACUUUGGCUCAAGUUGUUCAGCACUUAAAGAUCAAUCCGUCAACAUCUCAGUCUACUCUAGAGGAUCCCUCAACUAAGGGGGAGAAGGAUAAGGAUGACAAAGAUAAGGAUGACAGCAAUGCUGAUGCUGCUGAUAGGGGUGAUAAGGGUGGUGAGACUGAUAGGAGUGAUAAGGGUGGAGAAGGAGCAAGUAAAAAGGAUUCUUCUGCAGCUAGCAAAUCUAAAGGCAAAAUGCCUGAAACUGAGAACAUCUUCACUAAUCAGGAUUAUGACAAUAUUCCUGAAGAUGUUGAUGAUGAUGAUGCAUUUGAUUCUGCUUAUUUUGAAGCUGAGGAAGAAGGUCGUUUCGAGGAAGGCUUUCUUUUCAAUGAAGACCAGUCUGUGGACCCUGAGCACAUGGAAAAGGUCAAAAUGUUUAAAGCUCAACAUGAAGCUAGCAAAGCAAAGCUUCAGGAACUACAGAAACUGGUGGAUGAGAAGAGGACAACUGAUGAGUUGGUCAAGCUGGAGAAACAGAAACUGUGGGAUGCUAAGUGCAAGGAAAAGAGAGAGGAUAUCUCCAGGAAAGUUGGUGAAAGCUGGGAUAUUGCAAGACAAAUCCUCUCUGGACCUCAAAGGGAACUUUCAAUGAUGGUAAGUUCAAAUCCUUCAUUUAUGACCUGAGAGAGGCUAACCCUAAUGAAGAUAUGUUUAUGCGUGCUCUUGCUCUCGAGUUAGAAUAUUUAACUAUUGGUGUCAAGAAUCUUCUCAAUGAAUGGGAGAUCAUUAUUUCUACUCAGAGAAAUGGAACAUUCAGGGUUUCAAUUGAUUUAUUCAAGUUUCUAUCUCUAACUGAAAUCUGGGUGAUUCGUAACAAGAUCAGACGCAGCUCGAAUCUGAAUGAACUCCUACGUGACAGACUUAUGGAUUGUGCAAUUCAUAACAGUCCACAAGUUGUCAGAAAUCCAUACUGUGUCAAGUUCAUUCACGAGGGAAAGUUUGGAACCUUCUACCUGGACCACCAACAUCUUCUGAAGUAUGAUGUUAGUCAGUUGGUUCUUGUAUCAACAAUUCUACGUACCAAGGGCUUCGCUACUAAGGCCAAAGCUGAUGCUGAUAUUGAAAUUGUAAACUACUGCACAAGGAGAAAUAUUCAUCAAUACUUCCAAAGAUGAAGUAUAUCAACUAAUCUCAGCCAGCAGAUUUCAUCGAAGACCCUGUGGAUAUAGAGGUUCAAUAUCAUCUUUCAUUGGCUCGUGAAAGAAAGAAGCGUGGAGAAUCCACUGCAGCUGAAGAGCCUACUCAGAAUGAGCCUUCUACUCCAAUUAUUCACUGUUCAGAUGCUGAAGAAGGAGAAGUCACUCGUUCUGAGUGAAUAGAUUGAUUAGGAUAUUUGUUAGAUAUGCUCAAGGAACAUCCUUUUGUAAUCUAUUUAUGAUCAUGGUUCAAUGUUUAAUGCAAGCCAUAAACUUUUGCUAUUUA